GCUGUGGAACUGUGGACGUGCCGGCCACUUGACUCUUGGCACGUUUGAUUCGGCUUCUUGGCGCGCGGGCGAGAUUAUGCGGUUGAAGGCUCAGCGGCCUUGCGGCAUGAGGGCGACCAAGGCCGGCAGGCAGAUGUGGCAGUAGGAUCUCCUGUUUCUUCCCCUCUUUUUUGCUCCAAGAGCUGCUUUUAAAUCAUUUCCGUUCAGCCAUGUCGCCAACUUCAGCUCCGGCUCCGGCUUCCACGUCCGUCUCCCUGUUUGAUCUCAGCGUGGAUGCUCCAGUCUUUCAGGGCCUCAGCCUAGUGAGCCAGGUUCUGGGGGAGCCUGGGGUCCGGGCUCCGUGCACUAACUCUCCAGGUUCAGGGGAGAGAGCAAGCCCAGAAAGAAAAGUAUCUCAGGGUCCUUUGGAUAUUUCAGAGAAAUUCUCUUGUUUAGCCUGUGACCAAACCUUCCAGAACUACCAGGAACAGAGAGAACAUUAUAAACUUGACUGGCAUCGCUUUAACAUAAAGCAGCGUCUGAAGAACAAGUCUCUCCUGUCUGCUUUGGACUUUGAAAAGGAGAGCUCCACAGGAGAUCUUUCUAGCAUCUCAGGAUCAGAAGACUCAGACUCAGCCAGUGAAGAGGACUUGAAGACAUUGGGCGAGAAGACUGAACGUGAAAAGCCUCAUCAACCCAGGGGCUUCUACCCCUGUAGAGUUCUUUUCCAAAAUGCCCAGGGCCAGUUUCUUUAUGCCUAUCGAUGUGUCCUAGGCCCUCAUCAGGUUUCUCCAGAAGAGGCAGAACUGCUACUACAGAACCUGAAAAGUGGAGGUCCCAAAUAUUGCGUGGUGCUGAUGGCUGCAGCUGGACACUUUGCUGGUGCUGUUUUUCAAGGAAGAGAAGUGGUGACACACAAAACCUUUCACCGCUAUACUGUGCGGGCCAAGCGGGGCACAGCCCAGGGGCUUCAGGAUGCUCGAGGCAGGACAUCACGUUCUGCUGGAGCCAGCUUGAGGCGUUACAAUGAAGCCACAUUAUAUAAGGAUGUUCGUGACCUGUUGGCAGAGCCAGACUGGGCUAAGGCCCUGCGGGAGGCUGGAACAAUUCUGCUUCGGGCUCCCCGCUCUGGCCGGUCCUUGUUCUUUGGAGGCCAUGGAGCACCUCUUCAAAGGGAGGAUCCCCGACUGUGGGACAUCCCUCUCACUACCCGCAGACCCACCUUCCGAGAGCUCCAGCGUGUGCUCAACAAGCUGACCACUCUGCAUAUCUAUGGAGAAGACCCUCGAGAGAUAGUCAGAUUGCGCUCAUCUCAGACACACUGGAAGACUGUGAAAGAGAAGAGGAAGGCUACUGAGGAUGAAAGAGACAGUGUUCCCAGUGAUGAAAAUUCAGCAUCAGAGGAAGAUGGCUCCCCAGUAGAGCUGGAGUUAGUAGAAUUAGCACUAGAGACCUUGAGUCUUCGUGAGUAUGAAUUAUUGCCCAAGCGAAGGAGAAAAAAGACUAAGAAGAAGAGAAGUCAAGACCAGGAAGCUGGGGCACUUCAGCAACUUGAAGAAGAUGAACCUUCCUCACAGUCAUUCCAAGUGGUUGCAGCCCCCUUGGUUGAUGAGGCCAAAGCCCCUGGUCAGCCAGAGCUCUGGGAUGUGCUUCUAGCUGCUUGCCGAGCUGGAGACAUCGGAGUGCUGAAAGUCCAGUUAGCUGCUGGGCCUGAAGACACUGGAGUCAUGUCCCUACUUAGUGCUCCCUUGGGCUCUGGUGGCUUUACUCUUCUUCAUGCAGCAGCGGCAGCUGGAAGAGGCUCAGUAGUUCGUCUGCUGUUGGAGGCAGGUGCUGACCCCACUGUACGAGACUCCCAGGCCCAGCCACCGUAUACCGUGGCAGCUGAUAGAUCAACACGUAAUGAAUUCCGAAGGUUCAUGGAGAAGAAUCCAGAUGCCUAUGACUACAACAAGGCUCAGGUGCCAGGGCCAUUGACCCCAGAAAUGGAGGCACAGCAGGCUACACGGAAAAGAAAGCAGAAGGCAGCCCGGAGACAGCGAGAGGAACAACAGCGAAAGCAGCAAGAGCAGGAGGAGCGGGAACAAGAAGAGCAGCGGCGAUUUGCCAGCCUCAGUGACCGAGAGAAGAGAGCUCUGGCUGCAGAACGCCGACUUGCUGCCCAGUUGGGAGCCCCUAGACCUCCGAUCCCUGACUCUGCAGUCAUCAGUGCUGGACGCUGCUGGAGUUGUGGGGCAUCGCUCCAAGGCCUCGUUCCUUUUCACUACCUCGACUUCUCUUUUUGUUCUACACGCUGCCUCCGGGAUCAUCGAAAUCGAGCAGGGAAGCCUUCUUCCUGAACUCUUACAGUUCCACCUGGAGCCAACUGUGGAACCCCAAAAUGGCAUGCUUACACAAGCCCUAGGUUUUUUCCCCCAUGAAGACAGAGACUAUUUUUGAAGACUAGGAUGAGAGACACUCAGGAACUAGGGCAAAGACAGGGCCACAGAAGUGUGUGGAGCUGGUACUGUGUCUGGAACUUUAAUCACAAUAAAGUUUGGCAAGCAAACUGAA